GAGCAGGCGCUGGCGCACUGGCCCAAGCGCCGAGCGAGCGAGGGAGAGGCACAGUCAGAGGGAACGCCCGCGCGGGGAGCCAGGGGCGGCCGACCCCGCCGCCGACGCGCCCUGUGGGGACCCGGACCAGGAGGGACCCUGCCCCGGGAAAAGGCUGUGGAGACCUGGGCUCCCACCCCAAUUCAUCCCCCCACACCCCCGCCGCCCCGUGCCACCCUGGUCCGCGCUGGGAACCCUAUCCUGCCCCUCUUGUCGGCCCGGCACUGGCCAGAAUUGCGGGCAUGGCGGUGACGAUGCUGCAGGACUGGUGCAGGUGGAUGGGGGUCAACGUUCGCAGGGGCCUGCUCAUCCUGGGCAUCCCGGAGGACUGUGAUGAUGCCGAAUUCCAAGAGUCCCUCGAGGCUGCCCUGAGGCCUAUGGGACACUUUACAGUGCUAGGCAAAGUGUUUCGAGAGGAGGAUAAUGCCACCGCGGCCCUGGUCGAGCUCGACCGGGAAGUCAACUAUGCUUUGGUCCCCAGGGAAAUCCCCGGCACUGGGGGCCCGUGGAACGUGGUCUUUGUGCCCCGUUGCUCAGGCGAGGAGUUUCUCGGUCUCGGUCGUGUGUUCCACUUCCCGGAACAAGAGGGGCAGAUGGUGGAGAGCGUGGCCGGCGCCCUGGGCGUGGGGCUGCGCAGGGUGUGCUGGCUCCGAUCCAUCGGUCAGGCGGUCCAGCCCUGGGUGGAGACCCUGAGGUACCAGAGCCUGGGCGUGUUUUCCGGGAGGGACCAGCCAGCCCCAGGGGAGGAGUCCUUUGAGGUCUGGCUAGACCACACCACCGACAUGCUGCAUGUGUGGCAGGGGGUCUCGGAAAGGGAGAGGAGGAGGAGGCUGCUGGAAGGCUUGCGUGGGACCGCCCUGCAGCUCGUGCACGCGCUCCUGGCGGAGAACCCCGCCAGGACGGCGCAGGACUGUCUGGCGGCCCUGGUCCAGGUGUUUGGAGACAACGAGUCCCAGGCGACCAUCCGGGUGAAGUGUCUGACCGCUCAGCAGCAGUCAGGCGAGCGUCUCUCAGCUUUCGUGUUGCGGCUGGAAGUGCUGCUGCAGAAGGCCAUGGAGAAGGAGGCCCUGGCCAGAGCAUCCGCCGACCGCGUGCGCCUGAGGCAGAUGCUCACCAGGGCCCACCUUACUGAGCCUCUGGACGAAGCACUAAGGAAGCUGAGAAUGGCCGGGAGGUCUCCAAGUUUCCUGGAGAUGCUGGGGCUCGUUCGGGAGUCUGAGGCAUGGGAGGCCAGUCUAGCCAGGAGCGUGAGAGCCCAGACACAGGAAGGGGCCGGUGCCCGGGCUGGUGCCCAGGCCGUUGCCAGAGCCAGCACUAAAGUAGAGGCGGUCCCAGGAGGUCCUGGCCGGGAGCCAGAGGGCCUCCUCCAGGCAGGAGGCCAGGAGGCUGAGGAGCUCCUCCAGGAGGGGCUCAAGCCGGUCCUGGAGGAAUGUGAUAACUAGGUUGGGGCUGGGGAGGCAGC